AUGAAUACAGUACUUCUUUUAAGUUUUUUUGUGGUGGGGACUUCCGCAAUACAUCACUCGAUGACACCACUCGAAUUGAAGCACUUUUUCGGAACUGAAAACAAAGGCAAAGUUCCGGACUACUUCUUGGAUGGGCAUAAAAAACAAAGAUUGGAUAUUGAUGAUAGCUUCAAAAUGGAUUUUCUUAUUGAUGGAGUCAUGGAGACGUUCGUGUUACGCAACAAACCGCAUCUGUUCUCCGAAGGUUUCCACAUGAUGGAAGACGACGUGGAAUCGAUGAUGCAUCCAUUGAAGAAUUGUGUUUACGAGGGAGAAAGUGCCGUUCGGAACGGCACACGCAUCGGCCUUGUCGGAUGCGGACACAAUUUGAAUGGCAUGGUCAUUACUGAUAACGGGGAUUACCACUUGAUCCAAUCUCAUCACCAAUCCGGUCAGCAUGUUAUCCAUAAAAGAAGUAUCGAAUCCAUCGAUCAUGAGUGUCAAUUCGAUGCCAGCCAGGAUCCGUAUCCUGAAGAUAGAGAAGAGAUAGCAAUGAAAAGCAUGCUGAUGAGAAUGGUGAAGGAUAUCAGGAGAGCGGAACCACAUCGAAGAGGAGAUAUUUUGACAGUGGAAUUGGCGGUGUUUGCGGAUGACGCCAUGUGGGACCAUUUUAAGAAAAUGUAUGGAAAAGCUGCCGAGGAGAAUAUGCACACUUUCAUUAUGGCCGUUGUCAAUAAUAUCGACGUACUUUAUACUCAACGACUACUGCAGCCAAGAAUCAAUAUCAAAAUUGUCAGAUAUGAAAUUUUGAAAAAUAUUCCGGCUCUCAUGCAUGCUAGAAAACAUUCCAAUGGCGACGUGGAUCGCUUACUAGAUGCUUUCUGUCAAUAUCAAAACGAAAUCAACCCUCCAAGUGACGCAGAUCCAAGACAUUGGGACCACGCACUUCUAUUUUCGGGCUACGAUCUUCAUCGAAACGGAGUGAAAACAGUUGCGGGAUACGCGCCAGUGAAAGGCAUGUGCAGUGGUGUACGAUCAUGUACAAUUAACGAAGGCCUUGAUUUUGGAAGCGUUUUUGUGGUUACGCAUGAGAUGGGCCAUAGUUUGGGCAUGUACCACGACGGAGAUAACGAAUGCGAUCUUCGAUGUUGCAUCAUGAGUCCUUCUGUCGGAAGUGGCAAGACACACUGGAGUCAUUGUUCUGUCAAUGAAAUGGCAACUUUUGUUGGGCAUCUGGGCGAUGACUUCCGUCCUCCAAAUUGUCUUCAAGAUGCCUCGGCGGAACAGAGAAUGGUGGCAUUUAAAGAGUCUGAGCCACCAGGUCAACUUUUUACAAUGGAUGAGCAAUGUGAAAUUUUCCAUGGUGAAUGUUGGAAACACGAGUUGAAAGAUGGACAGACGAUGCAAAAUGUGUGUCAGAUGGUUUGGUGUGGAAACGGAGAAGGGGUGAUCAGAACAGCACAUCCAGCUCUGGAAGGAACGUAUUGUGGAUUUGGAAUGAUCUGUCGCCAAGGCCAGUGUGUUGGAUCAAAUCAACUGAUGCGAGUUACGGUAGGCGGUUGGUCUUCGUGGAACGAUCGACCAGCACCCACUUGCGGUGGCAGAUGUUCUCCGUGUGAGAUUCGAGGACAGAUUCGAAUUAUGCGUAGUAUCCGACAGUGUAAUAAUCCUAGGUUGGACGAUUUUCAAAGAACAAAAAAAUCUAAAAGGGGUCGUUGUAGUUCGAAUAAUGGAGGAGCGCCGUGUCAAGGAGAUGAAGCUCGUGGAAUGGUUUGUCAUAGAGACGUUUGCAAUGGAGACUCUAUCGAAAACUAUGCAACUCGUGUAUGCUCAAAACUCCGUGACGAAAACGCGAUUCCUAACACGAUUCUAUCCGGAGAAGGAAUGCAGUUCGAGCAGGCGAUGUGCAAGAUCUGGUGCUUGAUCUCUGGAUCAACCAACAUUCGAACAGUCUCCAACUUCCCAGAUGGAACACCUUGUGGUAGCAAUCAGUUCUGUAUCAAGGGAGAGUGCAGGCCUCUUCUAUGUGGUUCAACCACACUAGCCUAUUCAAAAGCGGACUGUCCUCUUAGUGUGCUCGCCACAACUACGCAAGCACCACAGCCGCAUAUUCAUUCUGUUGAUCAAUCAGCAUCGAAGCAGAAUCCAUACAAAGAGCAGAAAAAAGGUAUAGCUCACUUCGGAAAAAGUAGGAAGUUGAAAGUACUAAAUUUUUUUCAGUUCCUUUCCUCAACGAAUGGUCUGGAUGGUCGGUUUGGUCAGAGUGUGUCACUUAUGACUGCCGUGAGUAUAUUACUACUCAAUUUUGAAUUUUUUGUACUCGCAAUUUCAGACACACAAGGAGUCAAAGUUCGUGUCAGAAGAUGUCUUGCCGGUGUCUGUGCUGGAGCUCUUCGUGAAAAAAUGCCGUGCACCAGACCAUGCACUGGUUCUGAACGAGCUCUCACCACAUCCGCCCCUCAACAAACUUUCCGUAACAGGUUCAUCGCUCCAUUACCAAAUCGGCAGACAAAUGUGAUCAUUAGGAAAGUAGAUCACUGGGGACCAUGGUCAGCAUGCAGUGUAACUUGUGGUACUGGGCAGAAACUCCGAAGAAGAGACAACUGUAUUGGACAAGAUUGUGCUGAAACGGGACCAUGUGUCAUGCAGGCUUGUAAUUCGGCUCCAGACAACACAUGGACAGAAUGGUCGGCAUGGUCAGCGUGUUCUGUGAAUUGUGGAGAAGGGUUGCAAUUCAGAAAGCGUGCAUGCUUUGCAGCAUUCUGUCGUGGAAGGGACAGUGAUGUUAGGAAUUGUUAUGGACAGCACUGCGUAGCAACUACAACAACACAAAGACCAUUGGUGAAUAGGUCCGGUUUGUGGACAGGGUGGUCGAAUUGGUCAGCAUGUAGCACGAAAUGUGGUGUUGGACAAAGAACCAGAAGGAGGAGGUGUUAUCAAGGAUUUUGCAUGGAACAACACCCCGAUGGAAUCGUCACGUCGUCAUUCAGCCGGGACGUUGAAUCUGUGGCCUUUGCGGUGCUUCUGUUCUUGACCGCAGGAAUUGUUCUUUUCAUUUCCUGCUUCUUCGUCACCAAGUGUCUUCAAUGCUACAAGGCAAGGCAAAGAAGACUCCGCCGCAAAGCUCUUGGGGAGGAUGAUGACGACGACGAUGAUGACGAUGUGGACAAUGAUGACAUGGAUGAGGAUGAGCCCAACACUGGAAUCACCACAUCCAACCCGGAUCUCGUUAAAGUUUGA